AUGAGCGAGGCGCACUUUGGGCGGGCGGAGGCGAGGGGGCCUUCUGUGCCUGCGUACAUACCUGCGGCGCCGUUCGCGGCGACGCGCUUGGAUGGCACGAGUGUCCUGAUACCCCGGCGCCGGCGCAUCCAGGCAUGGCGUCCAUCGACGACGUCGGCGUCGUAUGCGCCGGCGCUCUCCGAGCCGCUGGACGUGCUUAUGCCGCGCGUGCGUGCGAGGCCGUCGGAGGUCGCGCGCGAGCCGCGGCGUAGGUGGGCGGCCGACUCGCGCAUGUGGGUGGACAAGUAUCGGCCGCGCGCGUUCACCGACUUGCUGGGCGACGAUCGCCUGCACCGCGACGUGCUGCGGUGGGUCAAGGCAUGGGACCCGUGUGUGUUUGGUCGUGAUGCGCCGCGUGCGCGCCGCGUGGACGAGCGUGUGCCCGACAAGUUUGGGCGUCCGCACGAGCGUGUGCUGCUUUUAUCCGGUCCGCCGGGCCUGGGGAAGACGACGCUGGCGCAUGUGGUGGCACAGCACGCCGGCUAUCGUGUGUACGAGCUGAAUGCGAGCGAUGCACGUACGGCGGCCGACGUCGAGAGCCGCGUGCGCACGGCGCUCGAGUCGGACAGCCUGCGUGGGCAUGGGCGUCCGACGCUCGUGGUGAUUGACGAGAUCGAUGGAGCGACGGGCGGCAGCGAUGCGCUGGGCACGUCGGGCUUUGUGCGCGCGCUCGUCCGCCUCCUGGAGCGUGGGGCCGGCGCGCCGCGUGGCAAGAAGAGCCAGCCGAUCCUGCGUCCGAUCGUGUGCAUCUGCAACGACUUGUAUGCGCCUGCGCUGCGCCCGCUGCGUCCCAUGUCGCAGAUCGUGCGCUGCUACCGCCCGCCGACGCCGCUCAUUACGCGGCGCCUGCGUGAGAUUUGUGCGCGGGAGCAUCUGUCGGCGGACACGCGUGGGCUCACGAUGCUUUGCGACGUGUCGCACGGCGACUUGCGUGCGUGUCUGCAUGCGCUGGAGCUGCUGCACCGCGAUGGCCGUCCUGUCAGCGUCUCGACGAUCCAGGAUGCGUCCGUGGGCAUCAAGGACAGCGUCGUGCCGCUCCAGCGGCUGUGGACGCAGCUGUUUUGUGCUAUGGAUCCCACGCACGUGUCGUGGCACGGCUCGCACAUCCACGCGCUGGUCCACGAGCUGACCGCGUUUGGCGACUACGACCGGCUCACGCAUGGCUGCUUUGAGCACUACAUCCACCUGCGCGUCCCGGACCAGGGGUGGCAGCGGUACGCUGACGCGCUCGAUUGGCUGCACUUUUCGCAGCGCAUGAUGCACGGCACGUCCUUUGAGCUGCUGCCGUACGUGCCGUGGACGUGGGUCGCAUGGCACCAUCUCUUUGCGAACAUCGCGAAUCCCGUGCCGGAGCAGCCGCCGCGUCACGACUAUGAGCGGCACAUGCAGCUGCGCGCUACGCUCGAGACCACCGAGGCGCUCCGGCGCUGCCUUCCCGCGCACCUCGCGCCGUUCUAUGCGCAAGAUACCAUUGCGUGUGAGCUGGGUCCCGCUCUCGCGCGCAUCCUCAGCCCGGAUAUCAAGGUGCAUGCGACGCCCUACGCGAGUGCGCUGCCUGAUCUCGUCGAUACGCUGCUGCUCUAUGGCAUGUCGUUCGAGGCGGACCGGAACGAACACGGCGCGCUCGUGCACCGUCUGCACCCGUGCAUUGAUGUGUUUGCGCAGUAUGCGGCGCACUCGCAGGCUGACGUCGGGCCCAGCCGGCACGGCGCGCGGCAGCAUGUGCAGCGCGAACUCGAGGCCGAGCAGCGCCGCCGCCGCCGCCGGACCUUGCCUGAGACGGCCACACAGAAGGAGGCGCCGUCCUCGCCCCACGCCGCGUCUGCCACAGCGCCCACGUACCGCGACUUUUUCGGGCGCGUCAUGCCGACGCCGGCUGUGCCGUCGCAGGCGGACGCGGCGCCCGCCGGUCCCUCGGGUCUGCAGGUAUUUUACCGCUUCCACGAGGGCUACUCGAAUGCCGUGCGCAAACCCAUCAAGCUCGCAUCGCUCUUGUAG